AUGAUGAAUUCUUAUAGAACACCUUCAACAAAACUUCUCCAGGCACGUUUGCCAAGAUUAAAGCGUGAAAUAAUUGAAUUGCGAAAUGAUCCUUUGAAAGGUGUUGAUGUAAUAAUUCAUGACGAUAUCACUUCAAUGUGCUUGAUUUUGACACCUUUACAAGGUCCGUUUUUCGGUCUAAGAUUACAUUUGACUGUUAAAAUUCCUGAAGAAUACCCUCGUAGUGCACCUCAAGUGUCAAUACAAACCAAAGUCAAACAUCCCAAUGUAUUCAGUACUGGAUAUAUUUGUGCGGAUGUUUUACAAGAUUAUCAUACUCGAUCUUCUAAAGGGUAUAACGGAGGAUAUACCUCCGGUUAUUUAUUGAAAUACAUAUACUUACAAUUGCUGAGCUUUUUUUCUGAUCAAUGGGUUGAACAAGAAUAUGGUGGUUUAAGUAAAAUUCAUGUUGAUGAAAAUUUUAAAUUAGCUUCGAAGCAAAUAGUCAAAGGGUAUUCAUGCACAAAAUGUGGAUACAAUGAACCCACAUGUUCUAACCCCAUAAAAGUAAUUCUUACUGAUGAUGAGAUUGAAAAUCAAGAUAUUUACGGAAACCUCGUAUCUUCGUCAAGUCUUACUUAUGUCAAUAAUGAUGUUAGUAUGCAGACAUCUAAUACUACGGUGAAUGAUUUGAAUGACGAUGCUUGGUUGCAUAUCUUGGAAUUCUUAACAGAACAAGAUAUUUUUUUAUUAUCUAAAGCAUAUCCACGUAUUAGCAUAUUAGUUCGUUAUUUUAACAUAAUGUUACGCCGACAAUUGGUAUGUUAUUAUCUUCGCAAAACUUUUAACGAAUCGGUUCUCGGAAUUGGUGUUAGAGCUGGUUAUGGUUCCAUAGAAAAACGUGAAUUAAUAAUUGAAGAAUUUGAUCUUUUUUCAUAUGAAGCGUUUAAGGAUCAUAAUUUACGAGAUGGAAUUUGGGGAAAUAAUUUCACACAUUUUCUUCCAAUUGCUUUAAACCAAAAUCACUUUAAUCGAUCACUUCCGAUACUUAAAUUGUCUUUAAUGCAAUUACGUGACUAUUCUGAAUGGAAUCCAUCAAUAAUCUUCAAAACGAUCCCAGGAAUGAUGAGUGCAAUGGUGGUGAAUUUAAUGAAAGCUUGUGAUGAUAGUGGUGCGCAAUCGGUUAGUAAUCGUAAUCUGGUGGUUCUAAAAGCUUCUGAAAAAGCGUUACAAGGAUAUUGCCUUUUGCUUCAUCUUUUGACAAUGCUGGCUGAAAAAUAUCCGGAAAUUACCAAAGAAGCUGAAAAUAAAAUUUCUAGAUUUAUGAGCUCUGAAGUUGAACGUCGUAAAUCUCAUGCGCCAAAUUUAGGAGAACUAAUGAUUUAUCUGUUCUUGUGCAAAAAUAUGGUUUGGUCAGAAUUUUGCCCGUAUUUUUUGCAAGAAUUAAUGGCUCGUAAUGUAGUUUGGUUUUUAAACAAAGAUCCUGGUUUGGCAUACAUAGAACCAGAAAAUUAUCGUUCAGAUUAUCGACUUAAUGCCACAUUUGAAUUGAGUAGUACUUCUCUACGUCUUGUAUUAUUUCAAGUUUCAUUUCUUAAAAUAAUGCAAGGAAUUAGAGAAGAUAUGAAACAUAGAUAUGGUUAUCCAUCGGAUGAAAUGAGCACUUCUUUACUUUUAUUGAUCAAACAAAUAUAUAAUGUUAAAACAUGGGAUGUUUUCUUUAAAAUGAUAGACUUUUCUUUGCCUGAACAAAAAUGGAAACUUGUAGUCUCUAAAAUGUUGAAAAAUGCAAUCAGUGAAAGUUAUAAGAGUGGUUAUCAUCAAGUUCCAUAUACGGUUAAUGAACUCUAUUUUAUUAGACUUAAGAAAGAGUCGCGGAUGCCUCCACCUAGGUGUUGGAAUAAUGGUUCGGAGGAAAUGAAUAGAUUAUUGACUUAUGGAUGUGAUGAAUCACAACAAUUUCAUCCAAAGAACCAAAAUAAUCAAUCUUAUAGAGGAGGUCGCGGAGGGCAAAAUAGGAGAGGUGAUGGUGGACGUGGACGUGGACGUGGCAAUGGACGUGGCAGGG